AUGAUGACGGUUAGGAAAUACUACGACAAGGACGGGAGCAGCAGGGCGAGGAAGAGGAGGAGGAUGGAUAGCCUCUUCCUGCCGGAAGAGGCUCACGGUGCUGCUUCCCUAUCGCUAUUAUCUUAUCCUUUCGGCCCAGACCGCAGUGAGAUGAUAGGUCAUCGACGAUUAGAAGAUGAGGUCGGUCAUAGCGAGGAGCAUGAUCUGCCUGCUACCGCCGGUGCUAGGCGUAUUAUUAUGACUACGUCGGCCCCGCUUAGUGGCGACUAUUCCCAUCGCCUCGAGGAUGAAGAAGAGGGAGGGAACGGGGAGCAAGGAGAGGAAGAGGACGGGUUGGCUUAUCAGCAUCGUUCUGAUGGCGAUGAAGAGGAGGAAGAGGAAGACCAUCGAGGGGCCCCAUCAUCAUUAUCAUCAUCAUCGGGUGGACAGGGAGAACACGACGCUUUGUAUAGCGAUGGCUUAAGGCGGCUUCGCGAGGCCCUCGAGGCAAAGUACAACCUCGACAACAUCAGUCAUAUCUCCUAUGCUCUGGCUGUUAAUGUCCACUAUACCGCGGCAAGCACGCAUCUAGGUGGAGGAAGAGGUCCUGCGAACCAAGGUGCCGAUAUGCUUUCCUUUGGGUUCUUCCAGGGAUACUCUAACCUGAAGCGGUCGAUCCGUCACCGGCCCGACGACCUACUAGCGAGCCACGGUCUCGCGACGGCGGCACUCACCAUUCCCUCGACCGAAGCUCAACGUACAGCUCGUCUCAGAGAUAAACAGCAGCGCUUACUAGCUCAGCUUAUGCGGCUCUUCCUUAAGGAGAAGCAGCUCUACGCCGGUGUCCUGCGACGCUUUCCCCCAGAGAUCUUUCCGGGUAUACUAGUAGCCUUUGCCAAGGUCCUAGAGGCGGCUAUAGCGGAGAUAGACCGCCGUUUCCGCGAGGGAGGAUCGAAAGGUUUGGGCAUAGCCCUCUCCGAGGGCGUCGCUGCCCUCGAUCGACUAGGCAACUUUUGCUUCACUAGCGAUCAAAGAGUGCUACCCACCAAAGUCAUAAGGCUCCUUGGGACGAUAGAUAGCCUAAAGACGUGUGGAUAG